CCUUCUGUUGUUGUCUUUGCUCUGAACCCGUCGCUCUCCUCCGGUCUUCUCAUCACAUGUUCUGGAAAAGAAGCAGGAAUCAUGCAUUACCUUCUGCUGACCUCUUCUGUCAUGGCACUCAUUUACAUCACAGCAGAAGGACAUAUCCAGGUUUUCCAGAAACCCCGUUUCUUUGGUGUUAAAACUGGCCGGAGCGUCAAGAUUUACUGUGUGACAUCUAAUCCAUCUCUUCCUGCUCAAGUGGAGUGGAAGAUAGCUCGUACAUACAAAGGACCUUCGAUCCCUCUGAAAACUAGCCAGAGAAUCAUUACGAUGGAGAAGACGUCCACCAGAAACGCCUCCAUCACCAUCAGAACUGUGAAUAUUGAGGACAGCGGCAUUUACAUCUGCAAACUGAACAAUACUGAGGGACCAGGAACUGAACUGCACGUGUCCAGACACAGUGAUCCCCAAUCUAUCCUGAAGAGAUCUAGAAUCAAAGAUAUGCUGAUCAUUCUUCAGGGUUUCCUGUUGACUUUGUGCGUCAUUGUUCCUCUGGUCCUGUUUUACAAACAGGAGAAGAAAGAAGAUGCAGUUUAUGAUGAACCUGAAGUUGACCACACAUAUGAGGGUUUGGAAAUCGACCAUUGCGGUGAUAUAUAUGAGGACAUCUCUACUUUGGCUCCGGAUCCAGAAGCAGUUUGGGAAGUUGAAUCCCCGGACCAGGAGUGAGAAUGAACCUUAGACAGCCGUCAGAAUGUUGAUCCACAGGACAGUAAGAUGGGCCUUUACAGGCUCCUGGCAGAGAGUCAAAUUCGGCACAACACCGGUACACAUUUUCAAAAAGAGUGCAUGCAGAUUUUUUCUGAUAACAAACAAAGCAAACAUGAAGAACCGUAUUUAGCUAAACUUGUCUUUCAAUACUUUUAAUUUAGACUGCUAUACAAAGCUCAACCGCUAGAUGUCAGUGUACCAUACGGUUUCUCUAAAUGCGACCAAACUACUGGACCAUAAUAAAAUGAAUAUACGACAAAAUUCAACAAAUCAUUGAUUUAAUACAUUUGUUAUAUACUAAUUUAACAACACAAAUUAAUAUUAACAUAAAUGAAAUAAAAUAUGAAUAGACCGGAAGUUAACUGCAGUCCCGGUGCGCGCGUCCGAUGAAACUGUCGGGUUGUGGCUUGAAGGGAUACAGCUGCGGCCGGAUGGAAUGCGACGCCUACACCUACCCUAAACCUAAACCUAAACCUAAACCUAACCUAUCAAUAAAACAUUUAAUUAACUGUUGUCAGCGUGAUUAAAAUAAUCCGGUAUUAAAGUGCGCAUGCCCAGUAGAGAAAGCUUUAUCCCUUUGGCCACAACCGUCUUUAAGUGUCAUGUGUUUAACUUUUUUGUACUGGAAAUAAUUUGUUACUCUUUGUUUUAUUCGUAUGAUGUUCCGUGAUCUGUGUGUUUGUUUUAUGAAUAUUAAUAGAUAUUAAUGUUGCUCUGUGCUCAGAGAAGAAACCCCCAAGUGUUGAGUGUCAUAUCAGUUUUUAGUUCUUCCCUCUUUCUCUGUUUUUAUAUUACAGAUGCAACCAUUGGUUCAGUGACGCUUAUUUGGUUAUUCAUCUCUGGUUCCAGUUUGUCACUCUUUAUAUUUUUGUAUGUAUGUACAAAUGAAUAUCUGGUAUGUGCACAAAAUGUUAUAUAUUUUAAAAUGAAUUCUAUAUUGAAUAUUAUUUCCAGUAUUUAAUUUCGUUUUCAUAUUUGUCAUUGCUUACAUUUUCUUAAAAUGGGCCCCUGCACAGUUCACCAUCACCUUUGUUAAGUUUCCCAGUUGAAAAAACAGAAUAUGCUGGUUUGGUAUGUUUUGAUGCUGGUUUAAACUGGUCAUGUGCUGGUCCUUAGUUGGUUUAAGAUGGUCAAACCAGCAUCAAAGCAAACCUAACCCAGCAUAGUCAGUUUUUUUCAACAGGGUUGUUUUGGCUUUAUACUUUUAAUUAUGUAAGAUUUUGACGUGGUGGAGUUAAUGAAAUGUUUAUUCACAAACCUUUAAAAACGACUCAACAACCUCCAUCACCCCAGAAACCCACUGUGCUAUUCACCAGGGUCUGUCAUCCAUUAAAGAGGCCCGAACUUAACUACUAUUAAACUACUUAACGAACUAUUAAAUACUUAAUAGUUAAAUGAAAAAGCAUGAGUCUACAAAUCUAAAAUCUAAAUAUAUAUUAACCAUAGGAAAUAAUAAAACCGACAUUGAGUACACAAAACUAACAUUGCGUGUCAUGCCUACUUUCAUGUCACAAUAGUAGGCUCAUGAAUCCUAUUAUGAUUGGCUUCUAUUUAUAUUGGCUGUUACGCUUUAUUUUGUUUUGUUUUACAUAUUUUGUUCCUGCUCUAUUUCCAUCUCUUUUAAGUGGUCCUUGAAAACGUUGAAGACCCCUGAAACGGUUUAAUUUUGUGGCCACUCCACAGAUGAAAGUGUAGCUCCAUCUAGCGGAAACUAGUGAGAACUAUAUUCUUAUUUUUUUAUUUAAAAAAUAUUCUUUUUUUUUCACCGAAUUAUUGCCAUGACUUUUUUCCUGAUUAUUAAAGAAAUAGUAUGUUUAAGUUUCAUUGAAUAUUAAAAGUGUUUAUGUACUGUAAAGCUGUUCAUUUUAUACCUAAAGCAAGAAUAAACGAAAAUAAGGACAGAAUAAAUCAUUUCGAUUUCUUUCAGUGUUAUAUUUUAGUUGUAAGAUCCCAUCCACAAAAAUGGGAAAAAAGUUUGUAAUGUAGAUAAAACUAAAUGAUGUUUAUUUGAAAAUGCCAAAGU